AUGCUCAUGUUGGGCCCUGCUACCUGGAACCAAGUUACUGAAGACCCACUAUCACCAUUAAGGCCCAAGGUCAGACCCAUUCUCCCAUUGAAGUCCAACAUGCUCAUGUUGGGCCCUGCUACCUGGAACCAAGUUACUGAAGACCCACUAUCACCAUUAAGGCCCAAGGUCAGACCCAUUCUCCCAUUGAAGUCCAACAUGCUCAUGUUGGGCCCUGCUACCUGGAACCAAGUUACUGAAGACCCACUAUCACCAUUAAGGCCCAAGGUCAGACCCAUUCUCCCAUUGAAGUCCAACAUGCUCAUGUUGGGCCCUGCUACCUGGAACCAAGUUACUGAAGACCCACUAUCACCAUUAAGGCCCAAGGUCAGACCCAUUCUCCCAUUGAAGUCCAACAUGCUCAUGUUGGGCCCUGCUACCUGGAACCAAGUUACUGAAGACCCACUAUCACCAUUAAGGCCCAAGGUCAGACACAUUCUCCCAUUACAGUCCAACAUGCUCAUGUUGGGCCCUGCUACCUGGAACCAAGUUACUGAAGACCCACUAUCACCAUUAAGGCCCAAGGUCAGACACAUUCUCCCAUUACAGUCCAACAUGCUCAUGUUGGGCCCUGCUACCUGGAACCAAGUUACUGAAGACCCACUAUCACCAUUAAGGCCCAAGGUCAGACACAUUCUCCCAUUACAGUCCAACAUGCUCAUGUUGGGCCCUGCUACCUCGAACCAAGUUACUGAAGACCCACUAUCACCAUUAAGGCCCAAGGUCAGACCCAUUCUCCCAUUGAAGUCCAACAUGCUCAUGUUGGGCCCUGCUACUGCAACUGCAAAGUUAGAGCUAGAGCUCUACAAUUUGGACAGGUCAUAG